AUAAAACAUAUAAGAAAAGAAGAAUUCAAGAAAUUGUAGAGAAAAGAUCGAAAACUUCAGAAAAUUCAUAAAAACAGUGGUGUAUUAUCGUCGAAAUGGCGGCAAUUCCGGAUAAAUCAUGGCAGCCUCCUCAUGUGGUUUUAGAAACAACAAUGGGAGAAAUAGUUAUUGAAUUAUAUUGGAAACAUGCUCCAAAUACUUGUAGAAAUUUUGCAGAACUUGCAAAGAGAGGCUAUUAUAAUGGAGUAAAAUUUCAUAGGAUCAUUCCUGAUUUUAUGAUUCAAGGUGGUGAUCCAACUGGCACAGGUAGGGGAGGAACAUCUAUUUAUGGUAAAUAUUUUGAUGAUGAAAUUCAUCCAGAUUUAAAGCAUACAGGUGCAGGAGUUAUAUCAAUGGCAAAUGCAGGUCCAAACACAAAUGGAAGCCAAUUUUUUAUCACGCUGGCACCAACACAAUGGCUUGACGGAAAGCAUGCGAUAUUCGGAAGAGUUUCUAAUGGAAUGCAGGUUGUUCAAAGAAUGGGAAUGAUUGCAACUGAUAGUAGUGAUCGUCCUUUAGAAGAUGUUAAAAUUACUAGAGCUGUUAUAAGGUCAAAAUAACUGUUUUCAAAUAAAAUUAUUUCUUUAUUUAUAUCUAACAAUAUAAAUAAAGAUUCCAUACUAGAAAAUGAGUAAGAAUUAAGCUUUAUAAACAUUUAUACAACAGAAACAAUUCAAUAGUUGUGCCUUUAUUGGAAAUUAUAGUUUAAUUUUUUAUUAUUAUUAGCUAAUAAAUUCAUAUCUUGAUAUAUUUCAAGGGUUGCACUGCAUAGCACCAAAAUUGCCACAUGGCAAUAUUUUUAUUAAAGUGGCUAUAAAAUCCUAGUCCACUUGUUUCACAUUUAGCAUCAGAUUGAAUCACAAAUCACACUUCAGGAAAAACAGCAAAAUAUCGAGUUCCAUACAAUGGGAGUCUCGUGCACCCACAUUAGCAAUUUCAUGAUGUCACGUGGCAAGUUUGUGAAGAAAGGUAGGAAGUGACGUCAAGAACUGAAGGCAGUUUUGUGCAAUGCCACCCAGCAUUUCCAGAUUGGAAUUUUUUUAUGGACAGAAAUUUUGGGGAAUUUUUUGGGAUGACUCUUUCACUUUUUUUUUUUUUCGGUAGACUAAAACAGAAAUUUUGACAUGGCAGAACCUGUGAAAUACUGUUUAAACCUUGUGAUCAAAUGUGUUAUUAGGAGUUAUUCAUUAAAAAGUUAUUCAAAAAUGAAUCCUAUUGCUAACAAGGGGAUGGUCAGAUGUUCGGGUCUUCGAUUCAAAUGAAACUUGGUGAGCAUACAGCCAAAUAAUAGGACCCACUUCUCAAGCAUUUACAAAAAUUAGGCCUUUGAAAAUUUAGUGUUUAGCUUAUAAGUCUGAAGUUUCAUGUCCCAGAGUGGCAAUAGCCAGGUGAAUAAGAUGCUAAGUGCUGGAGCUAGAUGAUAUAGUUUCGAACCAUGGUGUAAGAAUACAGGUGAUACCACCCCUAUUGUUUUACUGGCUAAAGCUUGUUAAUCUUAUCAUGAAUUCCAUUUUGUAUCAUUUGCCAUUUACUAAUGCCUUGUUUGACAAUGUUUUUAAGAAAUUCUUACAAAAUUAUGUCAUUUAAAAUGAUGUGUGCAUAAUUGCAAAGGCAAUUAUUACCCAAAGAAAUAAAUAGUAAAUGUAUUUUGGCACUAAAAGAUUUGUAAUUGAUUAAAAAAUGGAAACGAGCAAUACUGCAUGCAGAUCAACAACACUGAAUGCUACGAUUCUUGUGAAAAACGUUUUGAUCUGCAUCAAAUUCUUUGUCCUUGGAGAGUAUAUAAAGAUGGAAAAGAAAUCAUCAAUGUUCCUUAUAAAAUUGACAUACUAAGAAUACAGUGCUCAGUUUGUUUUCAAAUUGUCCAUCAUACCUUUCUAAACGGAGCAAAGCACUUAGAAAAAGAUUUAAUUACCUUUGUGUAGUUUAUAAAAUAACCAGUCAGUAAUCUAAAACACUUCUACAGUCGACCCCCCUAUAAGAUAUAGAUACGUUCCAAUUUAUUAGGAAUCCGAUUUCUUACAAGUCGUUCCAAUCACAGCUCGACACGUGUCAAGUUUACAGAC